AGUCUCAAAAUGGACAAAGAAAGAAUCGCGGCUUGUUUUAUUAGCUUGAUACUAAUUCUUAGAGGAAUUAGGGCUUCUGACUUGUACUACUGGAGGGAGUACACUGGCGUCGUCCCCCCAGACGCUGUUCCAGGAGGGAGAGACGCCAACGGUCAAAUCACCUACAUCGGUCAAGCCUACUCCGAAGGCUACGGUUUAAUGAUCGCCCAAAUUUACCCAGGAGUGAAAGAAGUGGAUGUUCCUUCCUACGGCGCCAAGAGAAUACUAACUGAUAUAAAGGUUCUGUGUGCCGAAAACACCAGACUACUGUCAUGGAUUACCACCACGGCUAAGACCUUCGAACAAGACACCGAAAACUUGGAAGUCGUGGUCGGUGGCUACGAUUAUUUGGGCGAUAAUGGGGUGCUACUGGUCGGUCGGGUUUUCUACCAAGGGUACGUUUUAGUGGGGGCUGUCACCCCGUUCCCCAGCAGGAAAGGGAACGUGCAGCUUUGGUUCCCGUUCAGAGGGGUGGAGCGACCCGUUAAUGUUUACGAAUUGUUGGUGGUGUGUCCUGAUAGAUAUUUGUUGAUCAUGUCUUCGUGCUAAAUUUUAAUUAAGCGUUUUUAUAAAUUUGAUGUGAAAUUUCAUUGGUCAAAUUAAUUUUACUAACCUGUAAUUCUUUGAGUAACUAGCGAAUUUUGAAGAAUUAUGUAUGAUUUUGUAUAAAUUUUUAAUAUAAUUUGUUUUAAUAA